CCACUCAUUGAAACUAGCCCGGACUUGUGGGCAGAAAGCAGCAGAGCUUGAGUCCUGUGACAGAAGCAGCAGCAGCACUAAUGGCGGAGUGGAACACCUACUACCGCAACGAGGACGAGGAUGAGGAGCAGGAGGAAGGGGAGCAGUCCGGAGGAGAUUACAGAAUCACUGGAAGAGACAGUUUGGUGUUUUUGGUUGAUGCCUCCAAGGAAAUGUUCAUCAAAGGGGAGGAUGGAGAGCCCUCCAACUUUGACAUGACCAUGCAGGUUGUGCGCAGCGUUUACAUGAGUAAGAUCAUCAGCAGCCACAGAGACCUGGUAGCUCUGGUUUUCUACGGCACAGAGCAGAGCAAAAACCCCAGGAACUCAUUCAAACAUGUGUACGUGUACCAUGACCUCGAUGAGCCCGGUGCUAAGCGAGUUCAGGAUGUCGAUGCUCUGCGGGGGGAAAAAGGUGCCCAGCUGGCAGCAGAGACUAUGGGCAGUGGAGCGACAUCAUUAGGUGACGCCUUGUGGUGCUGCGCAAACCUCUACAGUGACAUCAAACUUCGCCUCUCGCACAAGCGCCUCAUGAUUUUCACCUGCAGAGAUGGACCACACGGGGGCGACAGUGUAAAGGACCGACAGGCUCGCACUAAGGCCGGUGAUCUCAAGGAGACUGGUGUUGUUAUUGAUUUAAUGCACCUGAUGAAACCGGGCGGCUUCGAUGUCUCGCUCUUCUUUUGUGACAUUAUAAGUCCACCGGGCGAUGAUGGUGAGCUGGGGCUGCAAGUGGAGCCUUGUGAAAAACUGGAGGACCUCCAGAAACGGGUCCGGGCGAAGGAGCAGAAGAAGCGAGCCAUGGCAAGGUUGAACUUGUGUCUUGGUGAGGGCUUAAAUUUGGCCGUGGGAAUUUAUGCAACUGCUGUGACGGCUCGGAAACCAGGCGCCAUCAAACUUUACAGGGAAACCAAUGAGCCGGUCCGCAGCAAAACUCGCACCUUCCACACCCAGACUGGUAGUCUGCUGCUGCCCAGUGAGAUAAAGAAAGCCCAGGUGUAUGGUAAUAAACAGAUAGUGAUGGAGAGGGACGAGGUGGACGCCAUCAAGAAGUUCGACGACCCUGGACUGUUUCUGAUUGGAUUCAAACCUAUGGAGAAGCUCAAACUGCAUCACCAUAUCCGACCUGCUGUCUUCCUCUAUCCUGAGGAGGAACAGGUGAAAGGUAGUGCAUGUCUGUUUUCUGCCCUGUUGAAGAAGUGCAGCGAGAGGAACGUGUUUGCUCUGUGUCGUUGCAUCGCCCGCCGAAACUACCCGCCUCGAUUUGUUGCUUUGGUGCCUCAGCAUGAGGAGGUUGACGAGGGGAACGCACAGAUUAAACCACCAGGUUUCAAUGUUAUUUACCUGCCAUAUGCUGAUGACCUGCGGACUCUGGAUGUUCCUCACUGCCCAGCAGCCUCACAAAUACAGGUGGACAAGAUGAAGGAGAUCGUCUCCAAGCUCCGCUUCAAAUACAGGGGUGAUGCGUUUGAGAACCCAGUCAUCCAGCAGCACUACAGGAACCUGGAGGCCCUCGCUCUGGAUAUGAUGGCUCCAGAAGACAUAGAAGACCUCAUCAUGCCAAAGGUGAACCAGAUGGAUGGCCGUCUGGGUCCUUUAGUCGACGAGUUUAAGGAUCUAGUUUACCCUGAGAACUACAAUCCAGAGAGCAAACCAGCUGCCAAACGCAAAACAGCUGAUGCUGGAGGCGGAGCUGAGAAGAAGCCCAAAGUGGAGGUGACAGAAGGCGAGCUGAAGGCCCACGUGCAGAAUGGCACUCUGGGAAAGCUGACCGUGCCCGUACUGAAGGAGGCCUGUAAGCAGUUUGGGAUUCGGACCACUGGAACCAAGAAGCAGGAGCUGAUAGAUGCUCUGACUGAACAACUGGGCUCAUGAGGAGCUGAUAUUCAACCCACUCUUUAGCUGCUUUGAAUAAAUGAAAGUUGUAAUCUUUUUGAAUAGCAAGUACCCAGUGCUCGUUUGAGAGUCUUGUUAUUGUUUUACACUCACUAUGCGGCUAUGAAUUAUGACAUUAUCAAGGCGCUAUGUUCAGUGUGCAACUAAAAAAUUCUGGGUUGGUGAGACUCGGUGAAAGUACACAUUUCCAUACAUUUUUGAAUGUAAAUGUUUUUUUCUUCUUGUGAACAAGACCUCUCAAACUGGUUCAUGUACGUCACAAGAUUCUAAAGAAGUCCAAAGGCAUUGAAAACAUGGUUGUAAAAAUCGUAUAACUUGUGAUUACAUUUGCUGAUAAUGCUGCAUUUGCAUAUAAUAAAACUUUUUAUAGCCAUUCA